AUGGUAUUCUUGAAAAUAUCGUCUCGUUGUGUGUCAUUAUCUCAGCAAAUACGAUGUUUACAUCGUUCAACAUCCCUUUUGGCACGAAGUGUUCGACGCACUGCACCUCCUCAAUCACGACAAACGCCGCCGAUCAAGUUAGAUCAAAGAAUGUUUGCAAACGAUGAGUACGAUGACAUGUCUACACAAGAACAAUUCGCUCGUCUAGAGUUACGACGUCUCGAACAAGGAUCAAGGACGUCGGUUGUUGAUGAUAAUGCAACGGAAGAAGAAUUCGAUGAGCAAGAUUCUCCGCGCCCAUCGAUUGAUCCAAGCACGACGAGUAUUAUCCUAUUUCCUGGACAAGGAACACAAUUCGUAGGGAUGGGACAGAAAGUAAUUGAUUAUCCAAAUGUGAAAGAAAUGUUUAAUAUUGCUCAUCGAAUACUGGGCUACGAUCUAUAUUCCAAAUGUAUCAAUGGACCAAUUGAAGAUUUGAAUCAAACACUCUAUGCUCAACCGGCUAUUUAUGUCACAUCCUUAGCUGCUGUGCAGAAACUCAAAGCAGAAGAUCAGAAAGUUGUUGAGAACUGUGUUGUAGCAGCAGGAUUUAGUGUCGGUGAAAUAACUGCGCUAGUGUUUGCAGGCUGUAUGACCUAUGAAGAUGGUCUUCGUCUAAUAAAAGCACGUGCGGAAGCAAUGCAAUCGGCAUCCAACGAAGUCAACAGUGGUAUGAUGACUGUUUUCAUUGGUCGCGAAACAAAACUAUCGUUGGCAAUGGAAGCAGCCAGAGAAUGGUGUAGCAAAUACAUGAAAAUUGAUGUGCCUUGCAUCAGUAUUGCUAAUCACAUGUAUGCAGAAUGUAAAGUACUCGCCGGACAUAAAGAGGCUUUACAAUUUAUUGCACAUAAUUAUAAAGUAUUUGGUAUCCGUCGAAUCAAAUAUCUCCCUGUUAGCGGAGCAUUUCAUACGCCGUUGAUGUCAUCAGCAAAACUGAAAUUAAUCAAAGUAUUGGAUAAAAUCGAUAUGCAACCACCAUUAAUUCAAGUCAUGUCGAAUGUAACAGGAAAACGUCAUACAAGCGAUAUAGCAACCAUCAAGCGAUCGCUUAGUCAACAGUUAACAAAAAGCGUCCUUUGGGAGCAAUCAAUUCAUAAAAUGUAUCAACGUUCUCAACACGAACCAUUUCCGAAUACAUAUGAAUGUGGUCCUGGACGUCAGUUGGGUUAUCUCUUGCGAUUGAAUAAUAACAAAGCGUAUCAGCAAUAUAAACACAUUGAUGUUUAG